GGCGUUGGCCGGCUCGUGUCACUGUACUCCGGAGAACCUGAGACGGAGGAAAAGACGUCCUUUCUAAAUAAUCCAUGAGAGAAACCGGAGUCAGAUACUUUUAAACUCACUCUACCUCUUGGUUUUAUCUGUGCUACCACUCACUGCUUUACCGGAACCUGUCGAAAUGAUCAAAAACGGUCACCACGCCACCGACGACCAGCGGGAUGACGAUGGGUGCAGAAAGCCGGGUGGUUCAAUGUGCAGCCCGGAGAAAAGGAAGCGGGUCGUCCGGUUGUGGUGUGACGGCUGUUAUGACAUGGUACACUAUGGACACUCCAACCAGCUGCGGCAGGCCAAAGGCAUGGGAGAUUACCUCAUAGCUGGAGUGCAUACAGAUGCGGAGAUUUCCAAGCACAAGGGUCCUCCUGUCUUCACUCAGGAAGAGCGCUACAAGAUGGUUCGGGCCAUCAAGUGGGUGGAUGAGAUAGUAGAAGGAGCACCUUACCUCACCACUGUGGAGACUCUGGACAAGUACAACUGUGACUUCUGUGUGCACGGAGAUGACAUCACGCUGACGGUGGAUGGUAAGGACACAUACGAAGAGGUGAAGCGCGCGGGACGUUACCGGGAAUGUAAGCGCACACAGGGUGUCUCCACCACUGACCUGGUGGGAAGAAUGCUUCUCAUGACCAAAGCCCAUCACAGCAACCUGGAUAACCCAGAUUACCAACAGCAUACAGACAACUUCGGAAAAGGUCCUAAAGGCCACAGUCCAUGGACAGGAGUGUCGCAGUUUCUCCAGACGUCCCAGAAGAUCAUCCAGUUUGCCUCAGGAAAGGAGCCUCAGCCCGGAGACACCAUCAUCUAUGUGGCCGGGGCGUUCGACCUCUUCCACAUUGGCCAUGUUGACUUCUUAGAGAUGGUCUAUAAGCAGGCGGAGAGGCCCUACGUCAUCGUGGGUCUGCACUUUGAAGUGAAUCGGUACAAGGGGAAGAACUACCCAAUCAUGAACAUCCAUGAGAGGACACUGAGUGUCCUGGCCUGUCGAUAUGUGUCAGAGGUGGUGAUUGGUGCUCCAUAUGCAGUGGGCAAAGACCUGCUGGAUCAUUUUAAGGUGGACAUGGUGUGUCAUGGCAAGACGGAGGUGUUUCCAGAUAAGGAUGCGUCAGACCCCUACGCUGAGCCUAAGAAGAGGGGGAUAUUCAGGACCAUCGAUAGUGGGAAUAAUCUCACCACUGAUGACAUCGUCCAGAGAAUCAUCGAAAACAGGCUGCAGUUUGAAGCCAGAAACCAGAAGAAGGAGGCCAAGGAGAUGGCGGUGAUCGAGGCGAUGAAGAAGAGAGAGCAGCAGGAGCAGAGUGAAGGUGCAACCAAGGCCGUUCACUAGUGAGACCUCAGACCUGCUUUCUUUAUUUACUCGCACUCAGCUUUAAGAGGGUGGAUUCAGCUGACCCAGAGCGACCGUCCGUGUUGUCCUGAUCUGGACCUGUCAAGGUGAAACUACCAACAGACCAGUCGGUCUCCACUUGUCCACUGGGUGCAGAAUCCUGCUUUAGAUAUUUGGUGAGGUGGUGUGUCUUUCACGCUGCUGGGUUAACUUCUCUCAGCCUUCAUCUACACAGACUACUCCAGUCUAAUGCGAUUAAACAAGAACACAGUUUAACCUGCAGAAUCCCUUUAAACCUCCCCCUCGUCCUCCACAGAGAACUUUUUAAUGUUGUCUGUCUUGUUUUGUUUUUGUCUGUGAAAUCACACACUACGUGUUCCUGCAUAGGUGUAGAAGUGGUAUGUUAAGUUUGCGAUAAGCCAUAACUUAAAAAUAACAUUGUAAGUUAUGUUUUUAGAUUUUUAACCGCAUUAUUUUUUAAUCAUCAUCGUAGAAGUGUCAUCAGUAACGCUGACUGUGACUGUUUUUAUUACACUGAGAAAACAGAUUUAUUUUAAUUUCUGGAAAUCACAAUGAUUUUGUCCAUCCUGCGAGAAACGACUACGUCAGUUGAUCUGUGGAGUCUUUUAAUUUUAACUGUGGAUUUUAACUACCUGAUUUUGCACCGAGAGAGAAUGUGUGUGUGUGUGUGUGUGUGUUGUGUGUGUGUGUGUGUGUGAGUGUGUGAGAGAGAGAGAGAGAGGGAGUUUGCACUGUAAAUGACAGUAAUGUCUUGCCUCAUUCCUAAAGCUAUAACUAAUUUAAGGGCUGUGAAUUGUAUCAAAAAGCUAAAAUAUCCUUAUGUUGCUUCUCUCCUCAGUCUACUUUCAAGAAAUGUGUUUUAGCGAGAAGUUUUAGAUGUCCAAGAAUUAAAAAAUGUGGGACCCAG